GGUUAAAACAUGUCUGCGCCCAUGAAAUCUCAUGCAAUUUUUUGAAAUGUACACGUUUAAUACAAACUGGUGUUAAUUUUGAUGAUAUGAAGUGAAAAAGAUAGACUGAAGAUAGUUACAAUAUUUAAUAGAAAACUAGUGAUAUAAUAUGAGGAACCUUGAACUUCUAUACUCUGUACAGUUAUCUCCCUUGAGAGACUUGGAACAUAUACAAUGUAGUGCUGUUGAUUAUGAUACAGGUGUUAUAUACUGUGCUUCAUCCAGAUGCAUUGUGGGAUUGAAUCCUAAGGAUGGGCAGAUCACAGGAGUUGUUUCCCUUCUAACAGAUGAUUAUAUGCCAACAGAUGGCAGUGGCAAGGUUGUAGGGAUCCAAUGUAUUCCAGAUCAACAGUCAGUAUGUGUAGCCACAGAUAAUGGUAAUCUUUUGGUGUGGAAUGUCUUAGUUGGAGAUUUAGAAUGUGUUGGCAAUGUUGAAAGUGGAUUUACCUCUAUGUGCUGGAGUCCUGACCUAGAGUUACUGGUAUUAACUACAGGACAAGAAACCAUGAUAAUGAUGACUAGAGAGUUUGAUCCUGUGACUGAGAAAUCACUACAUCCUGAACAAUUUGGAUCAGCUGAGUUUGUCACAGUUGGUUGGGGUAAGAAGGAAACCCAGUUCCAUGGUUCUGUAGGGAAACAGGCAGCUACAGUAAAACCUGAGGAUGAGAAACCAGCCUUACCUUGGGAUGAUAGAAAACCUCGUAUAAGUUGGCGUGGUGAUGGACAAUUUUUUGUUGUUAGUACAAUAUCACCUACAUCAGGAGCCAGAAAGUUACGUGUUUGGAGUAGAGAAUGUGAACAUGAUUCUACCAGUGAAAAUAUAGAUGGCGUAGAACAUGCCCUUUGUUGGAAACCUUCAGGAAGUCUUGUUGCUUCAUCAAUGAGAAAACCAAAUCGCCAUGAGAUUAUUUUCUUUGAGAAGAAUGGAUUAAGACAUGGAGAGUUUACUUUACCAUUUAGAGUUAAAGAAGUAGAGGUUAAAGAGGUUUUAUGGAACAUUGACUCUACUGUACUGGCUGUCUGGUGUGAAGAUAUGGCUACAGAAGAUAAAAGCUCCAGUAAAUCAUAUGUACAACUAUGGACAGUUGGAAACUAUCACUGGUACUUAAAACAGAGUUUAUAUUUUGAUUCUGACAAACCAACAUCUGUAAUAUGGGAUCCUGAGCAUGCCUACAAACUUCAUAUUGUGUCUUCUGCUGGCAAAUACUCACAGUAUACAUGGUCCUGGGCCACAAACUGUAGUUGUGGGAAAACAGAAAAUGAUCAAGCUCUUGUAGCUGUAAUUGAUGGUGACCAAGUUUUGUUAUCACCAAUGAGAAAUAUGGUUGUGCCACCUCCUAUGUCUGCUUAUAGUUUUCAAUUACCGUGUGCUGUCAAUCAAGUGAUAUUCUGUUGUCAUGGCAACACCAAUGAUUUGGCAGUUCUCCUUGAAAAUAGUCAGAUAGCAAUGUAUACAUUUAAUGAAUCUCAGACAGUAGAUGACACGGUAAAGUUUGAUGGAGCUGGAGGUGGAAGUUUUGCCAUUUGCUGUAAAACUCCAGUACUCAAGGGCAUUUACAGGAUUGAGGGUCUGCCUGAUGGUUUUAACCAGAAUCCUUUGUCAGUAAGUCAUGUGACCUGGUUGAAUGAAGAAAACAUUAUAUUGGUAUUAGUUGACCAGUCCAAAGGAGACCACUCUAUUAUUUGCAAUGGAAAUAUUCAGAAGGAUGAUGCCAUAAUCAAGAUAAGUUCAACAACAGAUUUAGAAGAUCAUGCAUUCAAACUUGCUGUCAGUAAUGAUUCAGGACAUGUUGGUAUACAGUUACCUGAUGGCUCCCUACUCAAGUAUGAUCCAGUAAAUGAAAGUGUAAUGCCAUGGGAAGAUAACUCUGGACAAGAAAUAAAUUUUCCACUUCCCUGUACACAGAUGGCAGUUUGUGAUAUAGGUGGUCAGGAAGUUGUAGUAGGACUUACAGACAGAUACAGAUUUUAUGUGAACAAUAUUGAGGUAGCUACAAACUGUACAUCAUUUGCCAUACAUGAUGAAUUCCUUCUACUGACCACUUUGUCUCACACAUGUCGAUGCAUCUGUAGAAAAACUAAAGUGGACGUGUUACCAACCUUAUCAGAUGGCAAAGAACAUCCUUUUGACGAAAGUAUCCGUAGAGUAGAACGAGGGUCGAGGAUUGUACAUGUAGUCUCAGAGGAUACCAAACUGAUCUUACAGAUGCCGAGAGGGAACUUAGAAACUAUUCACCCGAGAGCUUUGGUACUGUCAGCAGUAAGGAAGGCACUAGAUAGAAUGAAUUUUAAGGCGGCAAUGAUUUUAAUGAAGAAGCACAGAAUAAAUCUGAAUCUAAUGUUUGAUCACAACCCAAAAGUAUUCCUUGACAAUGUGAAGGAGUUUGUUCAACAAGUGGAGUCAGUUAACAAUAUCAAUCUAUUUAUCUCAGAUUUGUAUGCAGAAGAUGUAACUGUGACGAUGUAUACAGCAGCCUAUCAGAAAACAGCAGACGACAAAGAAUUCCCAAAUAAGGUUAAUACUGUCUGUGAUGCUGUUAGACAAGCAUUGAUUGAGAAUAAUGAAAGCAAAUAUUUACUAUCAAUACUGGUGACUUAUGUAAGGAAAACUACUCCUGAACUAGAGAAGGCAUUACUUUUAGUUAGAGCCCUCAGAGAGAAGCCUCCAGAUCAGGUUGUAGUUAGUGCUGAAGAAGCCCUGAAGUAUUUACUGUUUCUUGUUGAUGUCAAUGAAAUGUAUGAUGUGGCAUUGGGAACAUAUGACUUUGACCUUGUACUUAUGGUGGCAGAAAAGUCACAAAAGGAUCCAAAAGAAUACAUACCAUUUUUGAACUUACUACGACAAUUAGAAGGCCAUUACAAGCAUUUUACCAUAGAUCGAUAUUUGAAAAGAUACAAAAAGGCAUUAAAUCAUAUAACAAAAUGUGGUGCAGAACAUUUUAAUGAAUGUGUAAAUCUAGUCAAGGAACACAAUUUGUUUACGGAGGCAUUACAGCUGUAUUCACCAGGCUCUCAGCAAUACAAGCACAUAGCCACUUUAUACGGAGAGUAUUUAUCUGAGAAGAGUAAAGAUGAGGAAGCAGGCAUCAUGUUUGUCAAGGCAGAGUGUUGGGAGCAGGCAUUGUCAUCGUUCCAAGAUUGUAAAAACUGGAGACAAGUAUUCUGUAUGACAGCUAGACUCAAAUACAGUCAAGAUAAAGAAGUAGAUAUAGCCAAGAAAUUAUCAGGUCAAUUAAAAGAAGUGAGAAGACAUCAAGAGGCAGCUGUAGUAUUGGAGCAGUAUGUUGUGGAUGUAGAAGAGUCCAUUGUUUGUCUGAUAGAAGGUUGUUUGUGGGAAGAAGCUCUCAGAAUGAUGUACAAGCACAGCAGAACAGACUUCAUAGAGUCCAAUCUGAAAACAGCCUUGGUAGAGACAUGUGAACAUCAGACAGACACCUUGAACAACUUACAUAAUGAUUUUGACAAAUAUACUAACAGGCUAGAUGCUGUCAGGAAGCAGAAAGAGAAAGAAAGAUUGGAAUUUCUAGAAUCUGGUGGAGACUUGGGUGCUGAUGCAGACUUGUAUUCAGACACCAGUAGUGCUACAGGGGAGAGUGUCCAGUCAUCCAGAUAUUCAUCAGAUAGUAGACAGUCUUCUUACAGUAAAUCAUCAGGGAAGUCUUCCAAGAACAGAAGGAAAGCUGAACAUAAGAAAUGGAAGUUAAAGGAAGGAAGUCAAUAUGAAGAUUUAGCAUUAAUUGCAGCUUUGUCUACAAUUAUAAAAACAGUGGAUAAUCUCAGAGAUGAGAUCCAGUCCCUAUUAAAGGCACUGGUUCAGUUCCAUUUUGACAAACAGGCUGUUGACCUACAGAAGAAGUAUGGUGACUGUCUGUCUGAUAUAGAGAAAGCUAUUCCAGAUAUAUGGAGUGAUGAAGCUACAGAAAACAGAAAUGAACCUGUACUAGGACCUAUGACAACAGCUAAUUCUAUAGCUCAAGCAGUGCAGAGAGGUCAAGUUGUUUCUGAGAAACAAGAUCCAAUUAUAAGGACAGCACCUACACUUAACAAGGAUAAGAAAUGGAAGCUUUCAACACUGGAUAUUGGGAAAAGCUGAUGAAGUGCAAUAAACUCUCAUUUGUGAUUGACUGUGAUGUUAAAAUAUAAAGAAAAAUAAAGUAAAGAAAAUUA